AUGCUCAUGUACAUUCGGUUUACAGAGGAUUUUAGAGAAGACUUGACAAAAUUUGGUAAAUUGUAUAUAAUGACAUCUAGUAGUAGUACAACAAUACCAGGAUUGGCAUUUUAUGAUUCAUUAAUUAAUAAUAAUAUAACAGAAUCAAAACGAUUAGUUGAACUACAUAAAAUUGAUAUUAAUGCAAGAUUAAGUCAUGUUCGUAAAAGAAAUCAUACAGAUUUAUGUCCAGUACAUUUAGUAGCAUAUAAAGGAAAUUUAGCUAUGUUACAUUAUCUUAUACAAAAUGGUGUUAAUGUACAUCAACCUACUUGUACAUUACAACGUCGUCCAGUCCAUUAUGCUGCUUUACGUCAACAAGUAUCAUGUCUUCAAAUGUUGUUAAAUGCUGGGGCACAAAUUGAUGCACGUGAUACAUUUGGUAAUACUCCAUUGCAUUAUGCAGCUGAAGAUGGCGAUGGUGGACUACUCAGUUUACUAUUGAACAAUGGUGCUUGUGUAGAUGCUCAGGAUAUUACAAAUAAAACACCAUUAAUGAAAGCUGCACGUAGUGGUAAAGUAUGGGCUGUUCGACGACUUUUAUUAUUUGGUGCUAAUGUGAAUGUAAAAGAUCGUAAUGAUGAAACAGCAUUACAUUAUGCAUGUCGACAAGGAUCUACAGAAAUAACUAGAAUGUUAAUUAAAGCUGAAUCACGUUUAAAUGCUCAAAAUCAAAUUGGUCUAACACCAUUAAUGGAAUCUGUAUCAUAUAAUCAACGUGAAGCUGUUAGCUUAUUAAUAAAACAUAAAGAUAUUGAUUUAUAUAAAAGAGAUUUUUGCACUGGUGAUACAGCUUUACAUAUUGCUGUAAAAAAGAAUUAUAUACAUAUUGUAGAAAUAUUAUUAAGAGCAGGUAAUUGGUAUAUUGAAUAUAAUUAUAAUAAUUUGGGAGAAUCAUUUGUACAUGAUGUUGUUGCAUAUAAUCGAUUAGAAUUAUUACGUUUAUUUCUUGCAUAUAAUUAUGAUUUAGAUAGACCAGCUAAACGUUUACCACUCAAUAUACAUUUACUUACAUCAUCAUUAAAUCAUUCAAUGAUAACAAAAACUACACAAACUACUAUAACACCAUCCAUAAUUCAAUCAGAAUCAAAUUCACGUACAGUUAUAAAUCCAUUUGAAAAAUCACCAUUUAAAAUGGCAUUAGAACGUGGACAUCUUGAUAUGGCUAGAAUAUUAGCUGAUGUUGGUUGUUUUUGUACACAUUUACCAAUUCAUUCAAAUAGUAUAUCAUCAGGAUGUGCAAGUUCAUCAUCAUCAUCAUCAUCAUCGACAUCCGCCUCAUCCUCCUCAUCAUCUAGCAAUAAUGUUACAGACACGAAUACAAUUCAUUCAACAAUGAAAAAUUCUCAUUUAAUUCAUCAAAAUUUAUUAACACGACGUUAUAAUGGUUUACUUGAAGUGAAAUCACUACAAAAAUGGUGUCGUAAAGUAAUAAGACAACAUUUAGGUUUUCGUCUUAUAGAAUCAUUACCAUUAUUACCUAUACCCGUAUCAUUAAAAGAUUUUUUAUUAUUACGUGAUAUUGAUUGGUCAAUUUAUUUAAAUGGUAAUAAUCAUAAUCAUAAUCAUAAUACGAAUCGUAGUUCUAUCAUUAAUUCAGGGGAAUUAGCAAUUAUAGUACCAACUUAAUAUUCUUUAUUGAUUUAUUUUUGUUUCCAAGGGAAAUAUCAGUUUCUAACACUUUUCUCUCUUUUUUUUACCAAAAAAAAUAAAGAAAAAAAGAAUUGCGAUAGCAACAAUCUUGACAGAAUUAAAAAAAAACCAUGAUCAAUUCCAACGGUUCUCUUUUUUUUCAAAUCUAGAUUAGUGAAUUUUUCAUAUGAUUACGUAAUGUAUUUACCACAAAAAAAAAAUACAAAAAAAUUAUAUUUAGGUUUAUAUACAUUCUAUAGAAAUAAAUGAUAUAACAUUAUUAUAGGAAAUGCAUACAUGCUAUUACUAUUAUUAUUUGAACUAAAGAGAUUUGUAUCCAU